AGCGAGCCGCGCAGACGAACGUACAACUAUCAACGGACUCGAUUCCUUGUUUUUAGAAUUUCUAGAUUACACACGUGAUAAUGGAUCGCCGAAUCGCGUUUUUUUUCUGCGUUCUCACAUGGCACUAGCGUUGUAAAUAAUAAACGAGAAGGAGAUGGGUAGUGAAAGAAGAUACAUCGAAUCUUGUUGACAAUAAAAUUCAAUUCCAUUUCUCGCACACGAUUAUAUAUUCAUGAUAAAUAUGUUACGAUAAAACAUAAAUAUUCAUCUGUUUAUAUCCAUUACUGUAUACGAGCUCUAUACGGUAUUGUUGAUAACAUGUGAUAUUGGAAAAAUCAAUUUUCAUGCUGUAUACUAAUAUCACCUACGCAUCACAACGCUACAAUAUAAAAUAUUGUGACAAAUAACCGCACGCUAUUUGUUACAGCAUCAACAAAUCGUUGUCUAGUAAUGAAUGUGAUUGUAGAUUUCAGCAAGUGGAGAAUCAGAAGUAUCAGUGACACUUUUUGUAUUUUGUGAAGGACAGAGCAGUUUAAUGAACAACAAUUUGAACAAUGGAUUAUGAUUACAUGCCUUUUCACAGGGAGACAGAUAUUCAUAAUAAAUGUUGCGGUGGAAAAUUAUGGUGUAUUAAAGAUAUAUGUGGAAUCAUAUGCGCGGUAUUAACAUGGUUGCUGAUAAUCUAUGCGGAGUUUGUAGUAAUGGCAGUUAUUCUUAUCCCUACAAUAAACACGAUAUAUUCCAGCUUAAAUAUGGCUAUCUUCCAGUCUCUAGCAUUCCUAGCCUUUGCAUCACACCUUAGAACUAUGUUUACAGAUCCGGGUGCAGUACCAAAGGGUAAUGCAACGAAAGAGAUGAUACAACAAAUGGGGUUUAGAGAAGGACAGGUUAUUUUUAAGUGUCCCAAGUGUUGUUCCAUUAAGCCUGACAGGGCGCAUCAUUGCUCUGUUUGUCAAAGAUGCAUCAGGAAAAUGGAUCAUCACUGCCCGUGGGUUAACAAUUGUGUGGGUGAAAAUAAUCAAAAAUACUUUGUACUUUUUACUUUUUAUAUAGCGGGCAUAUCGUUGCAAUCCCUAUUUCUUUGUAUACAACAAUUUACCACAUGUGUCAGACAAGAAUGGAGAGAGUGUUCAACGUUCAAUCCACCGGCAACAGUGGUGCUGUUGUUAUUUUUGUCAUUUGAGGCACUUUUAUUCGCUAUUUUUACCGCUGUGAUGUUAGGCACACAACUACAAGCUAUUUGGAAUGAUGAAACCGGUAUAGAACAGCUUAAAAAAGAAGAAGCUAGAUGGGUUCGUAAUAGCAGAUGGAAGUCGAUUCAAGCAGUUUUCGGAAGAUUUUCGAUAGCUUGGUUCUCGCCUUUCACCUCACCCCCUAACGCAAAAACGAAACAAGAGUCUUAUUUAUAUUCUGUCUAAAUUAUAUUUGGAUUACGCGACCAUGUGACCCAAUGAUAAUCUAUGUAAAUAUAUUCAUUGUGACGUGUUGUAUGUAUGUACGAUAAAAGUAACGAAUUCUAUGA